AUGAGAGAAACCACAUUUAAACAAGAAUUUACUGCAAUUCCUUCAACAAAGACGCUAAAAAGAAGAAUUGGACUUGGACUAAAAUUGGAUUUGAAGAUCUCUCUCCCCAAUUUGAAGAGACACUUAAACAAGAUCAGCAAAUACAAGAAAGAAAAUAUGGAAUCAAAUACUGUGGACUAUCAUUAUCAGCGGUGGAUUCUGUUGUGGACAAUGGAAGCUCAUGGAGCAAAUCGAGGCCGAGGAGGGGGUUUGGUUAGACCUAUUCGACCUCGCCCACCAAAUGUUUGGACCCAACUCUAUCAUGGAUCAAAAUUUGACCCAAAUCUGCUACCGAUUGUCAGAAAAGAAUUUCGUGAGAAGAAUUUGUCUCCAAAACAAGAAAAAUCUUUACUGAAACAAGCUGAAGAAGCUGCUCAGAUGUUGUGUGUAGCAAAAAAGCACGGAUCUGUUGUGAAAUUGAACCCAAAUCAAUGGAAAAGACUGAUUCUA